AUGACAGCGAUGGGGGAACUCGCCACCAAGACAGUCGAGGGGCGGGGACAUCAGAGACCAAUACCACGAAUCGCUAUAAGCGUCCAGCAACCGUCCGAAGACAAGUUAACGUUCCUGGUCCACCACGCGAUUUACUUGACGGAAUUGAAACAAGCAAUCUGUCCGCACCUGUGUAUUCUGACAUAUGGUGUUGAUUUAUUCAAGCGCCAGACGAACCCGCGCGCUCGAGAUGUCUCCCUCCAUAACCGUUUGAACACGGCUAUGAGCACGCUGCGCGACUCUUGGAGGGGCACAAUCCACUUCAGAAAUGACAACGCACAGCUGAGACAAGCUAAUUCGGAAGUCAGCGACGAACAUCUCACGCGCAGUUCAUCACGCGUCUCAGCCGCCAUUUCCCCAGCAUACGGUCGUGAUAGAAUCCGUGCUGCAGGAGAAGCUCCAGGCAGACCAAACGGGGGCAACACCACCCCUCUAACCGACGACGACGACGACGACGACGACGACUCGGAUUCUUUGAUCCCGGUAGGGAGCUACCAACCUCACCCGUUCGUGGAUGUACUCUGUUUCUGCAACUUCUCCGCACUUCGUGGUCGUCACGAGAGUGAACCUCGCCAUACCCGCAUGCGGAACGAGUCAGCUCCUGCACGCGAACCGACGACUCAAAGGGCUCCCACCGCGGCAGGAACGGGACCGCCAUUGGAUAACGCGGCCGCAGGAUCAACCUCUGCGCCUGAGCAGACGGAGUUGGCGUCUAUUCCGAUGCAUACGUAUCCGCCUUCCUCGUGA